AUGCUUUCUCGACAGCUGCAAUGUCAACGUCCCCGGGGAUUCUGGACACGUUAAGUCAACGACUAGCUGCAGUUCAACACGUAACACACUCUACGAAAGAGGAAUCGGAAUGGACGGAAGGCUCAGAGUCAGAUGAUGACGCGGGUGAAACUGAGUUGGACUCGACCAAGUUGGUCAUCCUCAUGGUCCCUGUCUUGAUCCCUAUGCUUGCGAAAAUGCUGGGACGAUAUGUAACCAUCAACUUGAUGCGAAGAUUUUUCCGCUCCUCGUGAUGGAACGAUAGGAGGAAACGACUAAAACGCUGGCCAACGUUGAUGGAGCUAAAUGACAGUCGAUAACAAGGCAUUCGCAAUGUGCUGUCACUAUGAUUGUGGCACCCAUGUGUGCUGUCAGUGCUUUUUAUGGACUGUUCGGCAAUAGUCAUUGGUCAUAUCCUUGUUAAUGGGGGAUCCGCCAGGUUUACUAAGGGUAGGCAAGGCUUCAGGGCAGAUCACACAUCAGAAACCUAAGGAUAGCCCUAAUACAAAUGCGGAGGGUACGAAUAUUUGGAAUGUAAAUUUAGACAGUGUCCAUGAAUAUAUGUAAAUGACACCUA